AUGAACGGCCCUUUGUACAUGCAGACCAGCAAAAAUAAGGUCUUAGUCCGGAGAGUAAAGAGGAGAGACGAUGGUCCCAUGAGGGGCUUGGCUCGUUGGUUCCUCGAGAAUCAGACUGGUCUCUCGUUCAACUUGAUCACUUUGAUCUUCCUCACGCACAUAUGCCUUCCUAAAGCGCGCCCUCAUACCUCCAAAUUUUUUACCCUCUCAUACUACAACCCAGAAUCUGGGAAAUAUGCGAUUGGGACGAAUGACUACCAUUUUAUUUCGUUCUGCGUAGUUCUCUUCACUGGACUCCGCGCUUGUUUGAUGGAACACCUACUGGCACCAUUGGCCAGGCAAUGGGGUAUUUCCAAGAGGAAAGACGUUACCAGGUUCUCUGAGCAGGCAUGGAUGCUAGUUUACUACAGCGUUUUUUGGACGGUUGGCACGUAUUUAUACGUCAACUCCGCUUACUUUCUCAAUAUGAAAGAGCUCUGGACUGGCUGGCCAAAUAGGGAGCUCGGCGGGCUCAUGAAAGGCUACAUACUGGCGCAAUGGGCUUUCUGGGUACAGCAAGUCCUUGUUAUCCACAUCGAAGACCGCAGAAAGGACCACUAUCAGAUGCUCACCCAUCAUUUCAUCACAAUCACGCUCAUUUCCGGGUGUUACUACUAUUGCCAUACUCGAGUUGGUAAUCUCAUCUUAGUUCUUAUGGAUGUGGUCGACUUGUUCCUCCCACUGGCAAAAUGCUUAAAAUACCUAGGCUUCUCGAAGCUAUGCGAUGCCACGUUUGUGGUUUUUAUGGUAUCGUGGUUCGUGGCCAGGCACAUAUUUUACCUUAUGACAUGCUACAGUAUUUACAAGGAUUUGCCUGAGCAAAUCACCUGGGGCUGCUACCAUGGCUCAAAUUCAAAUAUGACGGGACCGUUGCCUAUCCCUGAUGGGUGGGGUCACGUUCUAGAGCCAUUUAAUGGCUCUGAGGGCACGGUUUGUUUCUCCAGCUCAAUUCAGUGGGGAUUCCUAAAUUGUUUACUUGGUCUCCAAGUCCUCACCAUCUUCUGGUUCUUCAUGAUUAUCAAUGUUGCCAUCCGGGUGGUUAAGGGGGACGGCGCCGAUGAUACUAGGAGCGAUGACGAAAGGGACCUAGAAACCGAAUACGAAGAGGCACAACCGCUUGAGGAAGAAGUUGGCGUGGAAGCUAUUGAUUUAAAGGGGUGGGAGCGUCGGACAGGCGUUAAAAGAGGCGCAAGUUCUUCUGGUGUCAGUUUACCCGGCCAUAGCGAUCGUAAGGAGUUGCUCGGUCGCAUCGGCUGCGAGAAGCAGGUUGACUGA